UUUGGCUUGUAGUCACUACGCUUCAUUUCAGACUGAAUUAAUAAUCCAAGAAAUAUGAGUGAAAAUCAAGAUAAUGACAUAUUGGAAAACUCUAACAAUGCAACUGGAAAAAAUACAACUGAGGAAAAUCAAGUUGACGCAAUUGAUGGCGAUAAGCCAAAGCAACGCAUUGCACUGCUUACCGGCAUCACAGGACAGGAUGGCUCAUAUUUAGCUGAAUUUCUUUUGAAGAAAGGCUACGAAGUCCAUGGCAUAAUACGCCGCGCCAGUACCUUUAAUACAUCGCGCAUUGAACAUUUGUAUGCUGAUCCCAAGGCCCAUAAGGGUGGCUCCAUGAAAUUACACUAUGGCGAUAUGACGGAUAGCAGUAGUUUGGUGAAAAUCAUUAAUACAGUCAAACCUCAAGAGAUUUAUAAUCUGGCUGCCCAAUCUCAUGUUAAAGUGUCGUUUGAUUUGAGCGAAUACACCGCCGAAGUUGAUGCAGUUGGUACACUGCGUAUAUUGGAUGCAAUAAGGACGUGUGGCAUGGAGAAACAAGUCAAAUUUUAUCAAGCAUCUACCUCCGAAUUAUAUGGCAAGGUGGUGGAGACACCACAGAACGAACAAACACCCUUUUAUCCGAGAUCACCAUAUGCUUGUGCCAAAAUGUACGGCUAUUGGAUAGUUGUCAAUUAUCGUGAGGCAUAUAACAUGUUUGCCUGUAAUGGUAUUCUCUUUAAUCACGAAUCACCGCGACGAGGUGAAAACUUUGUUACACGUAAAAUUACCCGAUCUGUGGCCAAGAUCUAUCUCAAUCAAUUGGAAUAUUUUGAAUUGGGCAACUUAGAUUCGAAACGAGAUUGGGGUCAUGCCAUGGACUAUGUGGAAGCAAUGUGGAUGAUGCUACAACGUGAUACACCCUCCGACUAUGUCAUCGCUACCGGCGAAACACACAGUGUGAGAGAAUUUGUUGAGGCCGCAUUUCGCUAUAUUGGACGUCAAAUUGUGUGGCAGGGAGAAGGUGUAAACGAAAUUGGAAUUGAACAGGAUAGCGGCAUUGUACGGGUGCGAAUCAAUCCCAAAUAUUUCCGUCCCACCGAAGUCGAUUUACUUUUGGGUGAUGCUUCAAAAGCGAAACGUGAAUUGAAUUGGUCUCCUAGGGUAACAUUUAUGGAUCUGGUAAAUGACAUGAUGGCUGCCGACAUUGCCUUGAUGAAGAAAAAUCCCAUCGCCUAGUUAAACAAAAUGACAGGAGUAGGCCAUUAAUGGUCCUGGCAUUUAUAUACGACAAAGCUAUACUCCUGAUGACAGCGUAUUUUUAUAUGGUUUAUAUAUACAUAUGUACUAUGUGAUUUGUUAUAACUCGCUCAUGCCGCUUUUAUCCAAAGCACAAAUAUAUUUCUUAAAUUUCAUUUAUUGUAAUUUCCACAUAGGGUACGUUUAAGUAUUUUAUUAAAUUAACAAAUCAGCAUUCCUUUGUAUGCAUACAACUAAAACACACAUUUACUUUUGCAAUUUUAUUUAUAUAAUUUUAAGAUAAUUUGUAUUUAUAUCAUCAUUGUGUAUUAUAAUUUAUAGACAAACAAAAAUCAGUGUAAAUUAAUUGAAUAGAUUUUUCUUAAGGUCCUUUCAAUUUAAACGACUUAUUAGUCGUUGUUUUUUUUUUAAUUGUAAAGUUUCAAUUUAUCUAAGCAACAAAAAUUAUGUUUUGUAUUAGCAAUCGAAUAAUAAAGUGGGCACAUUAUUUAUUUGCUAUCAUAUG